UAAGAAAGAGAAACAAUGUUUAUUAAGUUUAUAAUUGUACAAAGUUUAUUGGUGAUACCAGUAUUACUUGAUUGUGGCUGCAACAAAUUGGACAGAGAAAUAUCCCAGUCACAAGAACCAGGACCAAAGGAACACGUCAACAGUGUUUUUAAGCAAGAUGUAGUUAUUAAUAAUGAAGAAUCCUUAAAAGUUUGUCAACGUCAGGCUAAAAAUAAUAAACAUUAUAGGGAUUAUUAUCCGGAACCAAGUUAUGAUGACAUGUCUCUUAUACCUGGUGGAAAAUAUUUAAUAGGCACCGAUGAGCCACAUUUUAAGGAAGAUCAUGAAUCUCCUGAACGUUUAGUUACAAUUAAGGAUUUCUAUAUGGACAAAUACGCAGUAUCUAAUGAGAAUUUUAAGGAAUUUGUAAAAGCCACAAUGUAUACCACAGAAACGGAGAAGUUUGGUGAUAGUUUUCUUUUUAAAGCUUUGUUAAAUAAAGAAGAUCAGGAAAAUUUAAAAGAUUUCAGAGUGGCUAGUGCGCCGUGGUGGUUUAAAGUUCAGGGUAUAAGUUGGCAACAUCCAAAUGGACCACAAAGCAGUCUUGAAGGAUUAGAAAGUCAUCCAGUCGUACACGUUUCUUGGAAUGAUGCUGUAGCCUAUUGCAAAUGGGCCAACAAACGUUUACCUACAGAAGCUGAAUGGGAAGUGGCCUGUAGGGGUGGUAAAAAAAGAAAACUAUUUCCUUGGGGCAAUAAGUUAAUGCCAAAGGAUAAGCAUUGGCUGAAUAUCUGGCAAGGAGAGUUUCCGGAUAAUAACACUAAAGAUGAUGGCUACGUCACUACCUGUCCGGUGAACAAAUUCUCACAAAAUGUUUUCGAUCUUCAUAAUAUAGUCGGAAAUGUUUGGGAAUGGACACAAGAUUUGUGGUCAGAUAAAGACAACAGCCCUAAUCCAAGUCGGGUAAAAAAAGGUGGUUCUUAUUUAUGUCAUAAAACCUAUUGUUAUCGUUAUCGCUGCGUCGCACGUUCUCAAAACACAGUUGAUAGUUCUGCGGGCAAUUUAGGAUUUAGAUGCGUCAAGGAUAUGGAUUAAUAAUUAUGUAUUUAAGUGUUGUAUAUCUGUAUAAUAUUAUUGUAUAUCAAAAUGUAUUAAUAAAAUUGUAUAGAAUGUAUCAGUUUACAUAAAUCAAAGCGGAAAA